AUGAAGCCAAUCGGCCGAUUUCUCAUAUUACUGCCCGUGAUUCUAGCAGUGGUCAGCUUCGUGCUCUCCAUGCUAGCUCUAUUCGCGGGCCACAAGCAAGGCUUCAUGGAGGACUACGCCGUCGUCAGGCUCAACACCUCCAUGGUCGGACACAACCUCCUCGACAAAGUCUCCGAUAACAAAGGCGGCGACAAGAGCGACAAAAAGGGCGGCCUGCUGGGCGACAUCAAAGGCUGGCUGGACGACAAGAAGGGCGACGCAAAGGACAAGAUCAACGAUGUCACGGGCAAGAUUGCCGACAAGCUCGCCAAGAAGAUUGGCGUGAGGGAGUGGUACUCGCUUCAUAUUAUGGAUUCGUGCGAGGGGUAUUUCGCGCCGAAUGCUACUGCGCUGAAUGCAGGGCUUAAUAUUACAAACUGCACUUCCUCGAGUCCGGCUCACCGCCUCAACUUGACAGACAUUCUGGACAAGGAACUCAAAGUCGGACCCGCAAAGCUCAACCUCGCUGAUAUAAACUGGCCGGACAGCAUCCAAGACGCAUUGGACGUGCUCAACGAUGCCCUCCUAGGACUGUUCAUCAUGUACACGCUGGGCGUGGGUUUCAGCGGUCUCUCAGCCCUCGGCGGCGUAGCGUCCUUUCUCAAACCGGACGCACGGAUGCUUAAUCUUGUGAAUAUGUCGAUUGCGGUGCUAGGAUUUCUGUGCGUGCUGAUAGGGAGCAUUAUCGUCACUGUCGCCACGAACAAGGGCGUCAGUAAGGUGAAUGAUGUGGGUGAGAAGGCGGGGCUUUCUGCGUCGAGAGGCGAGAAGUUCUACAUUCUGAGUUGGAUAGCGACGGGGUUUAUGGGCAUUGUGACGCUUUUCUGGCUGGCUCGUUUUUUUAUGGCGAGGAGGCAGAGGGGGAGGCUGAAUGAGAAGGUGGUGGGCUGA